CAGGCUCCCUUUGGGGUGGAAAGUCAAGGCUGAGCUCAAGGGCAGGCAGGGUCUUAGGGCGAGAGGAGAGGAAACAAAGGCCAGUCUUAGGGAAAGAGAGUUUGUUCUGGAAGGACACACAACACAGUUAAAGGCAGAAGUAGGAAAGGAGGCUGCUCAUUUUAUUUCCCUUCUCCCCAGAAAAGACUCUCUCAGAGACAGGGUGUAGAUUUCCCCCACAGAGGAAAGGCUCCAAAGGAGAGGAGAGGCAGCCUAAGGAGCUCACCCAGCCCAGAAGUGACUCCUGGAGACACUCAGAAGUACUGCCUGAGGUGCCUGAGGUGCCUGCCACUCGGAUUCUCUUAAGGAGCUGAGAGAGGAAGGGCGUAAGGCGACAGAGGGCCUGUGAGAAAGGGAUAGAGACAACAGAGGUGGCUGAGGGGUUGGGGGGAGUCUAUACCCGUCGGAGGGCCAACUCCUUCAGACUCUAUAAGCCAUUCUCCAACCCCACUAUGCGAAGCUUUCUGUACAGGAAGUGGCCUGAGCUGAGACCUUCUUAGAAACUACUGCCUAUGGAGUAAGCUCCUGGAAGGCCCUAGUCAGGUGUGAAGCAUCCCGGGGACAAUUUGGUAUGCCAGGGGAAGGCCAAGAAAGAUGUCCCGGGCACGCUAGUCUCCUCUUGCACUGGAACAGUAAUCAGGGCUCUUUCCCAAACAAACGCCAUCACGGCAGGGAGACUGGAACAAGACUCUGAAACCUAGAGGGGAGGAUCCUCCUUCCUCAGCUCCCCCUUUGAACUCUCUUUCGAAACGGAGGAGGAGUUAGUUUUACAAGAACUUUCACCUCCACACUUCUUGCCUUAACCCUUCAGUUUAACAAACGGAUGCUUCCCUUUCAGAUCCCCUCCCCCUUUCAUCUUUCAGGAAAGAAAAGAAUAAAAGGGAACCUAAGCAACUUUAAAAGGUCUGCAGGGGAAGUUGGGGAAGGAGGAGAAAAAGAAAGAAAGCAAUCCUUUUGGGCCCUCCAGUUCUUCCCAUUACCUCUGUUACCCAAGCUCUCCCUCCUUCACAGUACCCCCCACCCCCUCCUGCCCUGCCCUGGACCGUCUCCUAUUCCCUCCCUUCUCCUUCGGGCCCGGACAUAUGGAACCCAUUUCGCUGGUGACAUUGAAGAGCCGCUGGUGCGCCCGCCUUCCGCCAUGGCGCCCCCGAGGCCCCCGCGCUUCUCCGUGGCCCUGCCAGUCGCCACUUCUUUCGCCCGGCGACUCGGUCACCUCUCAGACCGGGUCCCACACCAACCUGGGUUUCUCGUAGCCCGGCGCCGGCCUUGGUGGGACCGCGGGCUCGCCCUACUCGGAGCAUCCCUAGCAGGAGCUGUGCGGCCGGCUCCGCAGGCUGAACAAAGCCGGGGGCGGGGGCGAGGCGCAGGCCGGCCUCUUUCUCCCUCACCCCCCCAACCCCCAGCACUGCGGGGGUGCUCCCGGGGCCAAGGGACCAGGAUGUGGCCGGCCCAGGCGCAUCCCCAGCCCGGGCCGAGGGUCCCAGGACCGGCCAUCAGCUCUCACGCGUUCCCCGCACCCGGCCGUCCGCCGCGGCUCGCACCCUAGUCUGAGACCGCACAGGUAAGUGUGCGGUGCUCAGUCCAGCGCCCCGCGACCCAGUGAAUGUGGAGAGAGGGUCGCGGAUACCCUCACUCCCCACGUUGGCAUCUGAAUGCUAGACAAAGAUCAGAACUUAGAGGAGGGGGUGUGGGACUGAGAUUGGGGUUCGGGGCCCUGGGUUGUAGGGCGAGUGUGGAAGAAUGUGGAGCUGUACCUGUGGGUAGACAAGAUCCGAUCAGGGUUUGGGGAGCUCUGGGAUUCAGGAAGGAUGGAGACUUUUUCUGGGGGGAGAUGGGAGCUGUUGGGGUGAGGGAAACCUGAGGCUGGCCUGGCUCACACAACCCAGCUGCCACUGUGGGUCAGCCCUUUAGCACCUACGAGUUAUUUGAAGCUGAAAUGACAAGAGGUUACGCGGAGGCUGGGUGUUAAGCUGAGAAGGUAGGAGAGGGCUUGAUUUAUGGCUUUCAGAGAAGCUGUGUUUACUAUCUGCCUGCUCUGGAAACCAAAAACCAAACAGAGUAGAGGCGGGGAGAAGCCUGCCUUCCUUGGAGUGGGAGGCGAUGCUAGGCUGCUGGGAUUUAUUUUCUCCGAUACGAGAAGACCCCAGGAAUCAUCUCUUCACAGGCGAAGGGUGUGGUGCUUUUGUGAGGCAGAAGGAGUGUGCAGGCACGCAAAUGUGGAGAUUGUGUAUUGUGGGAGUGAGCCUAAACACUGGGCGUGUAUGCAUGUGCUCUGAUUGGCGUUGCAGUUACAUAGAAUCAAUUCCUGAGUGCAUAUAAAGAGCCAGGAGUGGGACUGGGGGGGGGGUCCUCUGGUCCUGGUACUUUGGAACAGGGUAGCUUUGGGUACUAUUCACUGUCUCUUUAUGCUGUCUGUGAGGUACUGUUUCUCCUGCCUGGCCUUUCUUUCUUCUAAAAAGUCACAGGCAGCAAAGCCAGCUUGUCCAGGCCUCUGGCCACAGCUCCUCUUUCCCUCUCAGUAUUUACUGCCUGCUCACGCCCACGCUGGCUGAUCUUCACUUUGGAUCUGUAACUUUGUAGUGGGAUGCUAAGAAUAGGGUGAAGUGGGGGAAGGGGGAGAUGUGGUAUGGCAAGGGAAAUGGGGGAGAUUGAAGUCUGGUCUUGGAAGGGCUGGGUCCUACCAUUGCUACUCAAAUUCUCCCAGUCUCUGUUGAGAGGUGGUGUUAAAUAAACACACAGUUGACCACAAAUAAGGGAAACGUGCAGAAUGUUGAAGGUGGCAAGAACACAUUUGGACCCCUAGAUAGUUAUUUCCGCAGGCCAACUAGUGGCUCGUGUGUUUCUGUCCAGACACUGGCUUUGCCUGCAAAUUGUUUUGCAUUAAAUUUUCUCAGCCACAGAAUUAUCUUUCCUCGCCUCCAGCUAAACUUGCAUUUUUCCACCAGACACUUGGGCCCGAACCAAUGAAAUCUGAGAGGAAGCGGCUGGGCCCUAAGUGGCCGUAAUUUAAUUGAUUUUAUCAUAAAUCAUCAACUUGAUGAAGAACCCGAGGUUUCAGUGAAGUAAAUUGAUAUUAAUGGGAGUUUCUUGAAAUGCAAACCCACUGCAUUGUUGGGGCAUCUUGAGCUGAGAAGGUAGAUUGCGUGUUUCUCAAGAGCCGAGAGCUCAACCUGGCGCUCAGUGCAGCCUGGGGUGGGUGUGUAGGAAAUGAUACUUGGAGGGACAGCUGCUUGCAGAUGGAUCUCUGGGGGACACUGCAGAGAAAGGAACUUGGUUGGGAUGGGAGCAGACUCUGACUCUGAGGAUACCCCCCACUCCCACCCCUACACACACACACACACACACACACACACACACACACAUUGGCUAUCCUGGAAAUGCUGGUUGUCAACUGAGGGAUCGGAGAGGAGAGGGCAACUUUGGAAACUGGAGGGGAGAUUUCUCGCCUGCCGCUCGCGCUGGGGCUCGAUGUGAAUAUAUAUUAUGUCUGCCUGUUCUCCCCUCGUCGGUGGCUAAGGUCAGCCGCUUGGAACAGACCCGAGAGGAGGGGGGCAGAAAGGGGAGGGGGGUCCGGCGUGUCACGUGACCCCCAGGGGUGCCAAUGUCCGGUCGUGAGGGUAUCAGGCCCUUGCAAGUUGCCACCCACUGCCCGGGCCUCGCCCAGCGAUGCAGAAAGCCACCUACUACGACAACACCGCAGCUGCGCUCUUCGGAGGCUACUCCUCGUACCCUGGCAGCAAUGGUUUCGGCUACGACGGGCCUCCCCAGCCCCCCUUUCAGGCCGCCACGCACCUGGAGGGUGACUACCAGCGCUCAGCGUGUUCUCUGCAGUCCCUGGGCAACGCCGCCCCACAUGCCAAGAGCAAGGAGCUCAAUGGCAGCUGCAUGAGGCCAGGCCUGGCCCCAGAGCCCCUGCCCGCACCUCCGGGCUCACCCCCACCCAGCGCCGCACCUACCAGUACCACUAGCAACAGCAAUAACGGGGGUGGGCCCAGCAAAAGCGGCCCCCCCAAGUGCGGUGCCGGCUCCAACUCCACCCUCACCAAACAGAUAUUCCCCUGGAUGAAAGAGUCGAGGCAAACGUCCAAGCUGAAAAACAGCUCCCCCGGCACAGCAGAAGGUUGUGGUGGUGGCGGCGGCGGUGGUGGCGGCGGCGGCGGCGGUGGCGGCGGCAGCAGCGGCGGGGGCGGCGGCGGCGGCGGGGGAGGGGACAAGAGCCCCCCGGGGUCGGCCGCGUCCAAGCGGGCGCGCACGGCGUACACAAGCGCGCAGCUGGUGGAGCUGGAGAAGGAGUUCCACUUCAACCGUUAUUUGUGCCGGCCGCGCCGGGUCGAGAUGGCCAAUCUGCUGAACCUCAGCGAGCGCCAGAUCAAGAUCUGGUUCCAGAACCGUCGCAUGAAGUACAAGAAAGACCAGAAGGCCAAGGGGCUGGCCUCGUCCUCUGGGGGUCCCUCUCCGGCCGGAAGCCCCCCGCAGCCCAUGCAGUCCACGGCCGGCUUCAUGAACGCCUUACACUCCAUGACCCCCAGCUACGACAGCCCGUCCCCACCAGCUUUCGGCAAAGGCCACCAGAAUGCCUACGCGCUGCCUUCCAACUACCAGCCCCCUCUUAAGGGUUGCGGCGCCCCACAGAAGUACCCCCCGACCCCGGCGUCGGAGUAUGAGCCCCACGUCCUCCAAGCUAACGGGGGCGCCUACGGGACGCCCACCAUGCAGGGCAGUCCGGUGUAUGUGGGCGGGGGUGGCUACGCGGAUCCGCUGCCGCCCCCUGCCGGCCCCUCCCUCUACGGCCUCAAUCACCUUUCCCACCACCCCUCGGGGAACCUGGACUACAACGGGGCGGCCCCUAUGGGCCCCAACCAGCAUCAUGGACCCUGUGACCCUCACCCCACGUACACAGACCUCUCCUCUCACCACGCACCGCCUCAGGGUAGAAUCCAAGAAGCGCCCAAACUGACACACCUGUGAUGGGAGGGGCGGGCUGGGGAGGGAGGGGUGAGGUUAAGGGCCAGGGAGACGGCGGACUUGGGGGAUGGGCGCGGUUUAGAGUCCUGAAAGAGGUGUGGGAUGGGGUUGUCGCCAGGUUUCCAGAAACAGAACAGGCCUGGGGUGCCUUCCCAGCUCCCAGGCCCCCUCCCCGCCCCCAGGGGCUGUCUUUUAAGUCCUCCAUGCCUGGUUCCAUCUGUCUGCCAACAACCCUUGGAAAGGAAUCCACAGCAGGUUGGAGACGGGACCACAUCAAUCCCAGGGUUCCCAGGGUUCCAGCACUACCAAGUGGGAAUUUCAGAUUGGAGAGGUGACGUGGAGUCGGGUAGAGGGAGCCAAGACAGGCAAGCAGGGCAGAGAAGCACAUUCAACACUUAAUGGCUUGGCUAUCAGCAAGCAAUCAACUUACCUUGCAUCUCUGUGGGUAAUUUCCCCAAAAUCUUGAUUUUUUUUGUUCUCCCUUUCAGUCUCCCUGUGAAAAAUAAGAAAAUACAUUUAAAUCGAAGGGCACAAAGUAUGUUUCUCUCCUACUUCCCUGAAGCUUCAACUCCCCCCAUCCCCCAUCUGUUAGGCUUCUUACUAUAUCUAUCAUUUACUAUGGCCCUACGGUUGGUUUUCUGCUCUAAGGACAUUCAUAUCUACACCCCACCCCUAUUGAUUACAAUUUUCAGAGGGCUCAGGGAUGGUAAGAUAUCCUGAAAGUCAGAGCUGCCUAUAAUAUAAAUAAAUAUAUAUUUUUUUUCUUUUAAAGAAAAGUUAAGAGGCUAAGGCAGGCAAGUUGUCAGGACUGGAGGCUUGCCCAUUCUCCAGUCUCUCAGCUCCCACCCCAUCCCACUCCCUCCACUUUCUUUUUACUUCUGUUCUUCUCUUGACUUAACGUGAAAACAGGGUAUAUUUGAACAAACUGUCUGUCCUGGCAGGUGCUGCAGCUGGACCUGUGGACCUUGCUCCAGUUCCUGACAGGACAGUCUUGUUGCACUUGGAGUUUACAUUUUAAUGGAUAUUAAAAAAAAAAAAAACAACUGUGAGAGAUGUCUGGGCCUGCAGAAAGUCCAGCUUCGCUCAAAAAGCGUGUGUUCUAGUGAACAUUUUCAUAUAUAUUUAUUGGUUAUAGCCUGUUAAAAUAUUUUCUUUUUUGUAUUAUUUAUCCCCCUACAUUAUGUAUUUAUAUGAGGGACAAAAAAAAAAAAGAAAAAUGUACUUUUUUAGUAUUUACUUGUUAUAAAGGUUGUUGUGUUUCCUGUCAUGUAAAACCAGCUAUUUUAGUUUUUAUUGUAUUCUAGACAAGAGCUGUAGAUUUAUGUUAAACUCGUACAUAUGAGGAAUUGUAAUUAGUUCUAAAAGGCAUGAACUCAGCUCCUAAAUGUCACUGUAUAGUCCCGAAUUUGUAGAGAUAAGAAGUUAAUUCUCUCUUGGAACUUUCUUUGUUCUUCCGUAGUUAUUUUUUUCCCCCUUAGUUAAAAGAGUUGUCUGUCAAAACAAUUCUUGAAUAAACUUUCUGUUAUUAAUUUUA